AUGUCUGGACAAACGAGCACAAAACCGCGUGGUCCUUUUAAUUCUCGUAUUGUUCAAAAUUUUAUUCUUAUUUGGUUACAUUCGAACUUUGACGAAAUAGAUGAUAACGAAUUUUCUAAUUCAAUCACCGAAUUAAGACGAAUUGUUAAUACGGUGAUUAUAUUUACGGAUGUGGAUGAAUGUAUUGAUUCUAUGGCUAACAUUAAAGAUGAAAAAAUUCUUAUGAUUAUUUCACAUGAAUUAGAUGAAAAUAUUGUGCCAAUUGUGCAUGAUUUUACUCAAAUUAAUGCCAUUUAUAUUUUUUCAAAAAAUAAAUCACAAGACAAAGAAUGGACACAACAAUUGCCAAAGGUUAAAGACAUUUUUUCUUCAAUUUCAUCCAUUGGUCAUGUCCUUAAACAAGAUUCCCAAAAUUGUGACCAAGAUUCGGUUUCGAUUAGCAUUGUAUCAACAAAAACCGGAAAAUUAAAUGAAAAUUUGGAUCAACUAGAUCCAACAUUUAUGUAUACACAAAUACUUAAAGAAAUUUUAUUGACAAUCAACUUCAAUCAACAACAUAUUGAAGAUUUUACUAAUUACUAUCGUGAAAAUUUUGUUGAUAAUGCUAUUCAAUUGAAUAAUAUCGAGCAAUUCGAAAGAAAUUAUGCUAAUUAUUCGCCUAUCUGGUGGUAUACUUAUGAUUGUUGUCUUUACUCGGUGUUGAACCGAGCUUUACGGCUAAUGGAAGUUGAUACUCUCAUAAAAAUGGGAUUCUUUAUUCACGAUCUUCAUCAAAAAAUCGUAGAACUACACUCUGAACAAUUUAGUAAAUACCAUCAAUUAGAGCAAUUUAUUAUCUAUCGAGGUCAAGGCUUAUUGAAAACAGACUUAGAAAAAAUGCAGGAAACCAAAGGUGGAUUGAUAUCUUUUAACAAUUUUUUAUCUACUACCAAAGAAUUAAGUAUAGCUACUGGCUUUGCCAAUAGUUGUCUUACUAAUCCAGCGUCAGUUGGAGUUGUCUUCAUAAUGAAAAUUGAUCCUGCAAUAAAGUCCACUCCUUUUGCUUCUAUCAAAAAUUUAAGUUAUUACAAAACAGAAGAUGAAAUUCUAUUUUCGAUGCAUACUGUUUUUCGGAUCGACGAUGUAACAAAGAUAAACGGCAGCGAUCGUCUAUGGCAAAUAGACUUAAAACAGACGAAUGAUAAUGAUCAACAGCUAAACGCACUUACUGAACGGAUACGUCAGGAAAUUCGAGGAACCACUGAAUGGGAUCAACUUGGGAAAUUACUAAUUAAAAUUGGUCGAUUCGAUAAAGCAAAUGAAUUAUACGAAUACCUGCUCGAUCAAUCUCAUAGUGAUCGUGAGAAAACACAUUUCUAUCAUCAAUUAGGAUGGAGUAAAAAGAGUCAAAGGAAAUAUGAAGAAGCCAUUGCAUGUUAUAAAAAAUCGCUGGAAAUUAAAGAAAAAGUAAUGCCUACAAAUCAUCUAUCAUUUGCUGUUUCUUAUAAUGAAAUUGGUUCAGUAUAUGAAAAGAUGAAUAAACACACUGCAGCACUUAUGUAUUACGAAAAAGCACUUGUAAUUCAACGAAAAAUACUUUCGUCAAAUGAUCUUGGCUUAGCAUCUACACUCAGUAAAAUUGGGUCUAUUUACGAAGAAACAGGUGACUACUUAAAAGCUCUUUCAUUUCAUGAAGAAGUACUUGAAAUUCAACAAAAUAAAGAUCCUUCAAAUAAUCCUAAAAUAGCUUAUUCUUACAAUAAUAUUGGUUCCGUUAAUGAAAAGAUGGGUGAAUAUUCGAAAGCACUUUCAUCUCACAACAAAGCACUGGAAAUUCAACAAAAAAUACUUCCUUUAAAUCAUCCUGAUUUGGCUCAAACCUACAGUAGUAUUGGUUAUGUAUAUGGUAAGAUGUGUCAAUAUUCAACAGCACGUCAAUAUCAUCAAAAAGCUGUUGAUAUGGGACAACGAUCAUUACCUGCUAAUCAUCCUCGUCUUCAACAAUGGUUGAAGAAUCUUGAAUAUAUAAAAAGAAAAGCUUAA